CUUCCAUCUCACGAAAUUACCCAGUAGCCGUUGACGGCUCUUUAGGUGACGGAUCGAGUCCAGCAUUACAAUUUUCUUUUCCCCUUUUCAUUUAUUUUUGGAAUUAAAAGAAAACGAGUGCAAUCUCAGGGCUCACCAUACUCAAUGAGCGGACAGCGCAAUGUCAGAGCGCUCUGGGCAAACUGCAAAGGGGAAGGAAGGCAAAACCAAGUAUGCGUCCCUCAACCUGUUUGAUACAUACAAAGGAAAGAGCCUUGAAACACAAAAGCCUGUUGUUCCCCCCCGCCAUGGCCUGCAGUCUCUUGGUAAAGUUGCCUCCGCACGGCGUAUGCCACCCCCUGCCAACCUGCCCAGUCUGAAGGCAGAGAACAAAGGCAACGAUCCCAACGUCUCACUCGUUCCCAAAGACGGCACAGGAUGGGCAAGCAAACCGGAACAAGCGGACCCAAAGAGUACCGAUGCAUCGCCAGCACCGCAGCCGGAAUCGCAGCAGCCUGCGGCUUCACCGACACCUGCACCGACCCGCCCGAGAACCCCGCCAGCUUCAGAGGCUCUGGCCCCAGCUUCAACCCAGGUCGUAGGGGCAAGGUCCUGGGCACAGGCCAGUGUUACACAUGGAACACAAGGGGAUGGUGGAAAGGCAUCAAACCUACCGUCGCCAUUCUCUCGCGAGGAAUUUCCCACCCUGCAGGCGGCUGGCGACCAGGACAAAGCUGGCAGAGAACAGGGCACUGCAGAUCAGUGGUAUGGGCCCGGACCAAGCCUCCGCCCCCAGAACGUUACAAGUUGGCGGGACGGUGGGGGCCGAGCCCUGGCGCCCACCCUGUCUGGGGAGGGGGCAGUGGAGGGUGGCACUGGUGUGACUCUGGUGAUGGAUGGGGCAGCUGGGGUCCCCCCUCCGAACUCUCAGUCCCACGGGCCACCUAGGAACCCUCCCGCAGGCAGCCCCGCCUUGCCCCUGCCCCUGCCCCAGCCCCCUGUGGGGCCUGGGUUCCCCCAAUACCGAGGGAUCAUGCCUCCCUUUAUGUAUCCUCCCUACCUGCCCUUUCCGGGCCCAUAUGGCCCUCAGGGGCCCUACAGGUACCCGGCACCUGGAGAAGGGCCUCCUCCAAGGUUUUCUCGUGGGCAGGGUGGUCCGGACAGCAGGCCUCAGGGCGGCCCACGUGACGGAGGUGGAGAGGUGGUAAAGCGACCCUCUAUCCUAAAGCAGGAUGACUUGAAGGAGCUAGACGAGCUGGACCACGAUGGAGAUGAGGGCUGGGCAGGAGCUCAUGAGGAGAUUGAUUAUUCCGCCAAGUUGAAGUUCAGUGAUGAUGAAGAGGGGGAAGAGGAGAGAACCGAGAGCAAGAAUGACUUGCGUGAGCAGCAGAGGUCCCAGGAUGCCCCACCUGCAACCUCUUGCUCUCGAGCAUCGGACAGCUGCGGAGACGCCCGCCGCACUCCUCCCUCUAAUGCUGACAAUGGCCCCCAACCCCCCUCCGGCAAGCCAGGAUGGGCCGAGGAGGGAGGCAGUGGCUGGGGGGGCCAGGGAGCACCAACCAACUACCAGGGGCGCAGGCCUGGAUUGGGUGGUCCCCGGGAGCAACCCUCCCCCCCACCUGGGCCCCUCUUUGGACAAGGGUCUUACUCCUUUUACCGACAGGACCGGCCCCAAAACCAGGGCGCCUCUCAAGGCCCGGGGAAACCUGUCCCCGCCCAGCAUCAGCCAGCACCAGGAGGUCCUUCUCCUCCUGCACAACCAGGUCUGCUGGUUCCUGGACCCCAGGAAAAUGAUGAGGAUGAGACUUGGCGUCAGCGCAGGAAGCAGUCCUCUACUGAGAUCUCUGCUGCUGUGGAGCGAGCCCGUCGCCGCCGUGAGGAGGAAGAACGUAGGAUGGAGGAGGAGAGACGCGCAGCCUGCGCAGAGAAGCUAAAGAGGCUGGAUGAGAAGCAGCAACAGCAGCAGGGCAGCAACAUAGGAGGUGCUGGUAGCGGCUGUAAAAGCCCCAGCCCUGAUGGAAACGCUACAGUCGCCACAGCAGGCAGCCCUAGUCCAUCUAUUUCAGCCUCUGCCUCCUCCCCCAACAUCAGCCAGCCCCCAUCCCCCUGUGUGGACCCUGAAGAGCUUCCAGUGCUGGUUGUCCAGCCGGGGUCCAGUCCUGGAGUCGGUGACCGACAGCGAGCCAGCAGCAACAGCAGCUAUGACUCCAGUGCAGAAGCCCAACAGUGUCCCCAGCCGGCUGUGUCACAGCCACAGCAGCCCACGCUGGACAUACCUUUACCAGGAGAAAAUAAGGAAGAGACCAUGGGCAGUCCACACAUCCGUGCAGGAAGUGUAGGUGAAAGAGGAGUCGACCCAGUGAAGAUUGAGAAUAUCGGAGGGGGAGCAGGUCGUCCAGCCAGUGGUCCACCUGGCCAGGGUUACUCAAAGUACCAGAAGUCUCUUCCACCUCGAUUUCAGAGGCAGCAGCAGGAGCAGCUCUUGAAGCAGCAGCAGCAGUGGCAGCAGCAGCAGCAACAACAGCAGCAGCAGCACAGCCAGGCAUCACAAAGCCAGCUGUCCCCCCAGCCCCAGGCUCAACAGGGUCCUUCACCAGGUUCAACACCCCAGCCUGGGCCUGGACCCAAGCAGGGUGGACCCAUGUAUCAACCCAGCAAUAUGGUCCGACCCCCGCCCCUGCCAAUGAAUUUUGACCCUCGUUGGAUGAUGAUGCCCUACAUGGACCCCCGCAUGAUGCAGGGCCGCCCUCCACCUAUGGACUACUAUCCAGCAGGCAUGCACCCGUCAGGGCUUAUUGGGCGUGAGCGGUCUGAUUCAGGGGGAUCUGGUUCAGACUCCUUUGACAGGCAGCAACAGCAUCCAGGGCAUCCUCACCGUGGGACCCCCCCUAUGGAUCCUAAGAUGGCCUGGGGGCAGGAGGUAUUCCCUGGCGGAGGGGAGGGCCGUGGACUAACAUCCCCCCUCAGGCAGAAGCAGGCAUUGGAGGAUGACGAUGUGGCCAAAGGGCCCAGGAGCGACACUCCUCCACACCGCAUGCGAGAGGGUGGAUUGGGACCCAUUCAGCAGCCCAGCUCCACCUCUGGGUCAUCCAAUCAGACUCCACCUCCAGUUGGCACUCAAGUUGGGGUCCAGGGAGGUGGCCACCACCCUCAUCACUACAUAAGUGGGCGGGGCAACUACAGCAACUUCCCUGACCAGGGUGCGAGGAUGCAUCCCCACCAGCAGCAGCAGAGGGCGGAGAGGGGAAAUCAGCCGCAUAAUUACACCCACCAGGAUGAAGGGCCUCCACGAGGGUCUCAGCAGGGACAGAUAUGGGGAGCCCCACACCCUCACUACGAUCGCAACGGUCGUGCUGAUCACCCCCCUGUUGAGAGCAACUCUCAUCUCCACCACCAUCACAGCCACCACCCUCAGCAGCCUCACUUCAUUCUCCACCCCCAUAAGCCAGAAACCAGCCGAGACAGGGUUGUUGAGGCCCCAGCUAAGAAGACAGACUCUACUCCCCCAAUCCACCAACCUUCCCUCUCAUCCUCCUGCUCUUCCUCCUCCUCUUCUGCCAGGGAAGAUGGGAAUGUCAAAGUUGCCCUGCAUCACCACCCAUCCCAGAGAGAGAGUGAAGUUGGUGUCGGGCACAGUCAUGGUGAAAGAGGCAACAAUGGCAGUGCCGGCAAUAGCAGCCAUGUGAAACAGGAGAAAACAGGCCCGGCAUACGCUCCCCCUUCUUCCAUGACCUCUAGCCCACCUCCCUCUCAACAUGGCAGUCAUAAUCAGCAGCAGCAUCACCCUCAUCCUAAAUCAAACCAAAGAGGGGGGCGGGAGCACAAGACAGAGACCCAGUGGGGCCCACGGCCUGGCAGCAGCAAUACAGGUGGGGGGUCCUCUCAUGGUAGGAGGGCCAACAAUGCAGGAGGUGGGAACAACUCCCGUGGCGGGGAGGACUCCUCCAACACUCCCUCUGACCACAGACCCUCCAACCAGAUGGGAGGCAGCAAUUCCAACAAGCGGGCUGGCCCCAUUAAGAAGCCUGUGCUGAAGGAGAUGAAGAGAGAUGGAGGGGAAGCUGAUGGAGUAGAAAAAACAAGUUUUGGGAAAGAUAAAGAGAAAGAUGGUGGCCAACCCACCCUUAUGAAGCAGGAAGCUUCCUCCACCUCCCAGAACACAUCGGCUCCAUCUAAAGAUGAGCCAGCCCAGGCAGCCAAACCCAGGAACGGAGGAAAGGAACGACCCUCAGGAGGAGGGGGUGGGUCUGGUAGAGGACCCAAAGAUGUAGACACCACUUCCUCAGGAUUUACAGGGUCCUCCUCCAGGAGGGACAGGGACCGCUCCUUUGAGAGAGGAGGAGCCACCUCCCACCACCAUGGAGUCCCCGCCAAGGGCAGCAGAGCCAGUCGCGGAAGAGGGGGAGAGUUCUACGGGCGUGGCCGGGGUUACCGUGGCACCUACACGGCAGCUGCUGGGCCCACUGGCGGCAGUCGGGGCAGAAUGAGUGGCAGGAGUGGCAGAGACUACCGUUCAUCUGUUGGCAGUGGCCACCACCAUGAAUCGAAGGGGGAGGGGGGCGGUGGCAGACAUGGUCAGGAUCGGUCCCAGCAUAACCCAGCCAGGGCCAGGAACCGGAGUGAAACCCGCAGUGAGGGUUCAGAGUAUGAGGAAAUACCCAAGAGAAGGCGGGAGAGAGGUUCAGAGACUGGCAGUGAGAGUGGUGCGAGUGACCUUGCUCACUCAGACAAGGAAGACCACCAGAAAUGUAACCCCAAGAAUGGCUCUGAUAAUGCCCACACCACUGGCAGCGGCAAUAUGUCAUCUGCACCAGCCAGAGGUUCCCAGGCCCGGGUGUUCACCCCCAGGGGUGUGCCCUCUCGGAGGGGCAGGGGUGGAGGUAGCGGGGGAGGAAACAUGUACAGAAGUGGUGGCAAUGUUGGAGGACCACCUGGGGGACACCGAGUUGGACCCAGCUCAGCCUCUCACAGUGGGUCCUCCAAGUCAUCAGCCUCUGCCCGAAAACAGCAAGGCCCGCCACAAACCUCUGGACCAAAAGACUUGGGCAGGGGAGGAAAUGGAGGAGAGAAGAAGGACAAGACAGCUGAUGCAAGUCAAACUCAAAGUCAGGGGUCCAAUCCCCCUCAGCCGUCUUUACCCGCUGCAACUCCCGCCACUUUGUGUUCCACUGAAAAUGGCGGAGUUGUGACCCAGCAAGCUUCAAACAACCCCACGCCAAACUCUGGAGGUUUAAAUGCGCUCCCUCUUCCCACUAACCGCGGGUUUCCUCCCAGUGGGUUCGAGCGACCACCUAGACGUCGCCGUCACGGGCGGUCCCAGCACCAGCAGGACAAGCCCCCUCGCUUCCGGAGACUGAAGGAGCGAGAGAAUGCCGCACGUAUCAACGGAGGAGUGGGGGUCAUCGGGGUAGGAAGGCCCUCUUCUCCUACCCUGAAUUCAGUUCAGGACAGUAACGGAGCCCCUGCCUCUGCUCCCGUGACGGGCAAUGCCCAAAAUGCUAACCACAACACCACACUAACAACCAACAGUAACAGUGGUGGCGGGCAUCUUAGCAAUGCAAAUAGUCACCACCACCAUCACCACUACAACCAGGGCAACGCUGGGCAGACCCACCCCCAGCACCACCACAGCCAUGGAGCAAAGUCCCCUGACUUCACCAACCAGAACUCGGACCAGGCCAACGAGGAGUGGGAGACGGCCUCCGAGAGCAGCGACUUCACAGAGUUCAGAGACAGGGAGGGAGGGGGGGGAGGAGGAGGAGGAGGAGGAGGAGGAGGAGGAGGAGGAGGAGGGGGGAAGUCCUAUUCUUCUCACCAUCCCCAUCACCUGGGAAGGGGGGGAGGGGGAGGCGGAGGUGGGGUCGACCGCAACAUGACGGGGAAAGAGCCCUCAGCGAAUAAAAGAAGCUUCUCAAGCCAGCGUCCUGGCAUGGAGCGACAGAAUCGGAGGGUCAACCCUGGAGGAGGUGGAGGCGGAGGGGGAGGAAGAGGCCCACGAGGGCCGCCUGGAGGUGGCUCUGGCGGGCCUGGUAAUGGAGGUGGCAACCGCGGGGAGAGGCGUGGCAACUGGCCCUCCCCGAAAAAUAGGAAGUGAUGAAAUAUUUCAAAACAUUUCAGAUGACUCCCACCCACAUUAAACCCACCCUCUUGCAUCCUUCUCCCUUUUUGAUAAUUACUUCAUGGCUUAUCUGUUGGCAUCCCUAAACUGAGUAGUGCAUUGUACAGUAUAUGGAGAUGGUAUUCACAUUCACGUUAGUGCCCCACCCCAGUCACCUCUUUCCCCUUGCAUCAAUCUACCAUCAACCGUCCGUUAUUGUAAAUUUCUCCGUUUGUUCUGUCUUGCUCUCUGUUCAGUUGUGCCCCCCCCCACCCCCACCUUCCCUCAAUAAUUUCACCCCAGUUGGAUUUGACAAGCAUGUGGUUCUUCAGAUGGGAGGUGCACGUCGUUUUGACAGAAGACAUUCACACAGAGCUCCACACACACUUGCGUAUACAAGCACAAAUAUGACAUCUUUACGAACAUACGGAACACAUGCAGUCAUAUGGUUGCAAAAUCAAAACAAGGGAUUAAAUUGGCAAAUGUUUGGAUUGGGCUAAUUUUUAUAUAUAUAUAUGUACCUAAUGUAUAUUUCUACCACACUUUGGCCUUGGGUGGUAUUCAGUAGUGCAGUUCUGCAUUACUUCCCUCACAAAGGGAAAGAGUGCAGCUUCAUCUUUUAACGAGAACAAUGUACCAUAAGAUGUUUUUGUUUUUGUCUUUUUUUUUUUUAUUAUUAUUAUUAUUUUGGCCUUGUGUCAGUUGAGUUUCAGCCUUUGGGAAAUGUUAGGGGUGUGUGUUUUUUCUUCUAAAAAGCAGGUCAUUAAAAUACCUUUUUACUAAAUUCCCUAAUUCCUCCUCUUGCUGACUCCUGCAAACUCCGUCUGUGAUUACUGUGAUAAGACCCAUUGAAGUACUACUGCUCACCUACAGUUUGCAUUGAUCACAUUGAUUUGUCUUUGAUAUCAAUGUUUCUGCUGCUUGUUCAGAUAGACAUCUGAUCUGACAUUUCAUUAGCUAUUCGUUGGUCCUUUUUAUGAAAUAGAGGCUUUUUUUUAGCUUCAUCGUAGCACCCUCCCCACCUGCAGAAUUUUUGCGUAAAUCCAAGUUCCCCAAUUUUUAUUCUGUCAUUCAUGAGUUUUGUUUAACCUAUGAAGACUAGGCUAGACUAUUGAUAGCUUGACGGCUUAUUUUAACAACCAUUAUUUCCUCAGUGACUUCCACUUUUAUGGAAACACUUUUUUUUUUCUCUCCCUGAAGAUGAAAUACCACAUUGUAAGGGGGAUAAAAUGAGUGAAAUGAUAGAAUGAACAAAAAAAAAAAGUUUGACUUUCAUAAAAAUUGUUAAUGCUUCAAUAGGUAAUUGAAUAUGUCCUAAUAAGCACUCCUUGUAGUAUAACACAAACCCAUGGUUGCUGGAAUAUAUUUUUAGUUUUUUUUGGGCAAGUUACAUGUUCUGCAACAGGACAGGUACUCUGUCUGGGCCCAGAGUACAGAGCUGGGUUGAGUAUUGUACUAUUACACACCCCCCCCUCCCCCCAUCCCCCACACUUCUCUGUGCUUUUGUGAAGACUCCUCACACCAAGAAAGGACUACUACCAAGAGCUCCUUGUCUGAGGAAGUAUUUUUCAAAGUGUGUUCUCUGGAUGGCUGUUUCAGUACAUUGUGGCAACCAGAAGCCCAAACUAGUUCAAUUUUGGACAAAGCUGACACGCGAGUCACUUUCUUACAGUUAACACGGUUUCCACGAUUUCACUCGCAACAAAUAAUGCCGGCCUGGAGUAUUGAGAAAAUAUUGGAUUGAUGUAGGAUUACACUUGUAAACAUAGUUUGUAUCAUACGUAACAGACAACAUGGCACACGGAGACGACCUCCAAGGGGAACUAAAAUCGAUUUAUACAUCUGCGUCAACUCUGUCACUGCUGUAAGUUGGGGUUUGUUUGUUUACUGACAACACUUUGAAGAUAGUCUCUGGGAUGUUGUGAGUAGGGCAUUUAAUGAUUUGUGUAUGUGUGUGCGUGUUUGUGUGUGUGUGUGUGUGUGUGUGUGUGUGUGUGUGUGUGUGUGUGUCUGUGGCAUGUGUGCGUUUUUCUGGUGUUAGUGUAACAAUUUGGGAAGGGGUUGGGGACCGGAGAGGUUAACAUGAAUGGCAAGCACUUUCUGCCUUGUUUGCCCACAUUUGAUUUAACCAUUAUUAAGACAAUUCUACGGUUUCUUAAAUACAUCCACAUGUAUACAUUCAGCUGUGUGUAUAUGUUCAUCCUCCAAAUGAAGAACAUGCAGUGGAGAACUUCACCCCUUUUGUUUUGUGUAAUUUAAUCAUACAUUUUUCUGCAGGCAAGUGAAGUUGGAUAUAUAUAUUUUUUUUCCCUCGCUUCUAAGCAUGAACACACCCAUGGGUGCAGCUUGCCUUGUCUGUUACUGGUUUAUACAUUGAUAGCUGUACACUUAACACUGGCUCAAAGAGUCCUUCAUCCCUCCUUUACUCUUAAUGUUGAUGUGCGCAUUAUUUCAUGUACCCAUGUUAAAAGAAAACAAAUAGUGUAUUCCAGAAAAAUUACUCAAAGAUUGUACUGUUUUCCAGCAUUACCAAGGUACCUGGAGUGGUUCAAACUGUUUUUUUUUUUUGUUUUUUUGUUUUUUAAUAGCAUUUAUGGUUUUAUUAAUGGAACCGUAAUAUACACACAUGUAUGUAUAUUGGUAUGUAUCUAAGUUUUGUCUACCCCAACUUACAUUCCCACAACCAAAUGUUGCCAUUUUUAGUUCAAGGGAGCAAUGUACAAGCAGAGAAGUGUCUUAUUAUAAUAAAGUUAUACAGAGAAGGCAAAGUUAAA